UCUUCUUGAACCUUUUAGUUAUGGCUUCAUAUCUUAUUUCGCGUUCUUUAUGGUUGUCUUCUCCAAAGAUAACUUAUAACAAGAAUGUUUUCGACCUGAUUAGCUGUUGUUGGGUGUCGUCCAGAGUUUUACCGAGAUUCGACGUGAAAGAUAGUCGUCCAAGAGAACUGGAAGCUUUUAGUUUGACGUCAGACACAAUUAACUUAUUAAAGAAACCGAGUUCAUUUCUAAUAUACACAGCUCCAAAAAGAAACUUAAUGUCAUCGACUUUGGCACGUGCCGAAAGCUCUUCAGAAGACAGAGAAGGGGACGAAUCGGAAGUUGGUACACAAAAUUCUUCUUCUAAACUUAUGUUUCGGAAGCAGAAACUUGCUUUCUCAGCUGCAAAAAGAGACGAAAUAAAUCAGUCGAUAUACGAAGUCAUCAAAAGCGGCCGCUGGAACGAGGCUGUGGAUUUGGUUAAAGAUGAUGUGGUAUUGAACCACAUUGCUUUAAAGAAUUUUCGUCAAAUUGCAAGAUAUUUAUCUUCAGUUGGUCAGUCUGAGGAAGUGGCUAAUCUAUAUUUACGAUUUUAUGAGUUACGCACCUUCCCCAAUUUUCCUCAUACUGACGUUUUGCUAUGGUUUGAAUCAGCUUUAGAUGCUGAUCCAAAAACUGCUCUGCGUUUGAUUCAAACUUUUAGGAUAUUUCGUACAGCUUCUGUCUUUGAAAAGUUUUAUGGAUAUCUUAUCCGGAACGACAUUCCUCAUCGGAUACAAUUCCUGAUUUCUGCUUUAAACUACAUUGGCACAUCUUCGCGUUCCAUUCUUAGCCAUGAUCACCUUAAAGCUACUUGCGAUUUUGUAGCUAGUUGUGGGAAGCCAAAGGAAUUGUUGGUGCUGUUCCAUACUUUAUAUAGCAAAGGCUUUAUCUUAUCUGAACAUAUGUACGAACAAAUCAUGCAAGCUGCAUUUGUUGCUCGAGACCAUCAUUCUGCUGUAGAUAUUUUGGAUAAAAUGAGAAGAGACUUAAACUUUAUUGACUCUGUGCAUGUGGCUCUUGUUGUGGCAACAUUUGGUCGUCAAGGUCUUUAUAAGGAAGCACUAGAAUUCCUUUCCAAAUACGAAGAGAAGACCAACAUUAGCAGAGAAAAUGGCGCCAUACAAACGGCAUUAGCUUUUGCAUAUGCGCAAGGUGGAGAAGUGAAUCUUGCCAUUGAAACAAUUGAAACAGCUUUGGCUAAGCAGCAGCAAUUGGAUGUCAACUUAUUUGUUAAUUUGCUAUUUUCAGUAGGAUAUAGUAAGAAUGAAGAAACUCUGAUGCACUUGUUAAGGAUUGGUCGUUCAAAUGCAUCAUCAAAACAUGUUUAUUCGUUUUAUGAAUGGUCUUUAAGAGGAAUUGCAAAAACCGGAGACUUUCAACUAUUCCAACGUGUCUUGAAGGAUAUGAAACAACAUGAUGUGCCUGUCACCACCGAAUUGUUGACGUUACAAGUUCGAGUGGCCUGUGGAGCAGUCCGUCAACAAGACAAUGACGCCCUCGAGUUUAUAAAGGAUCCACAAGCCAUUAUUCGACAAGUGGAAUUUCAAGGUUUAGAAGUGACAGCCAAGUUGAUAGAAGCUUUGAUUGUUUCAUGUUGUUGGAGCCAAAAUUCCACAGCACCGCCCCUUCUCUUGGAAGAAAUGAAAAGAAGAUUAGGUGACUAUACACGUGUCGGUCUGCUGCAAUAUCAAAGAGUUUGUAAACAUUUAUCUCUUACUCCUGAGCAAAAAUAUAUGGAAGCUUUAAGUCAUUUUCAACCCACUUAGUUUAUCCUAUCCAGAAUAUAAUGUUUUUAUUUUGAUAGAGUAGCUAAUUGUCUACAACCUUUAUUUCCCUGAGUAAAUCCAUGGGAAAUAUGCAAACUCAUUUGUAAGAUUAGAAUGGAUAUGAACAAAAAUUCAUUAGUUGAUACGGAAUGACUAGGAAGAUAGACUUCUGGUGUUUUGGUGUAUGGGUUCAAGAGUUGCCCUUGAGAGGUUUCAAUAGUCUCUUUUGAAAAUUGCCGUUUUAGUAAGUGACCAGGAUAGAGAGAAAUAAAGGAAUAGGUUGAAAGUCUAGUAUAUAGAGAGUUAUGUUGUCGCUCACACUAAUUGAUGUUAGUCAA